CACCAUUUCCAUCUCCGGUGGCUGCUGUGGCAUAGCGCCGUUCAGGUUCUCAGUAGUAACUCGCCGGUUCGGGUGAAAUGUGUUCCACUGUUGCUGGUCGGCUCUACGAAACCGCUGCCGGAUAACUCAAUACAAGACGUACAGCACGUGAGCAGGCGUAAAUAAGUAUAUAUAAGUAAUUGAAUAUAACGACUUCAGCAGCCCACGAUUCACAUCCAAAAUGAGCAGCGGUUGCAACUGUCCGGUAACCCAACCGGGACCGACUUUGGCCAGCACGUGUGGCGGGUCAGCGUUCAUGUUGUUCAUGGGCCUAUUGGAGGUGUUCAUCAGAUCGCAGUGCGACAUCGAAGACCCGUGCGGUCGGCCGGCUAACAGGGCGUUGCCGGACACAGAGUACGACUUCAUCGUCGUCGGCGGCGGAACGGCGGGCAGCGUGGUGGCUAGUAGACUUAGCGAGGUACCACAGUGGAAAGUUCUUUUGAUUGAAGCGGGUGGCGAUGAACCCACCGGCACACAAGUUCCUUCAAUGUUUCUAAAUUUUUUGGGUUCGUCAAUCGAUUGGGGUUAUAACACGGAGCCCGAAGAAAUGGCAUGUUUAAGUAGUCCAGAGAGAAGAUGCAACUGGCCUAGAGGAAAGGUGUUGGGCGGUACGAGCGUGAUGAACGGCAUGAUGUACAUGCGGGGCAGCCGGCAUGACUUUGAUAGCUGGGCCAAGAUGGGUAACCCGGGCUGGAGCUACCAGGAUGUAUUACCGUACUUCCUUAAAUCCGAAGAUAACCAUCAGGCAACUAUUAUGGACGCCGGUUAUCACGGAGUCGGUGGUCCACUGCCGGUCGGUCAGUUCCCGUACCACCCACCGCUGUCGCACGCCAUCCUGCAGGCCGGUCUGGAGCUCGGAUACCAGGUGCGCGACUUGAACGGGGCUCUGCACACGGGUUUUGCUAUCGCACAGACCAUGUCCAAGAACGGUUCACGGUUCAGCUCAGCUCGGGCGUUCCUACGACCGGCUAAGGAUCGGGCUAACUUACACGUGAUGCUCAACUCCACUGUGACUCGAGUGCUCAUUGAUCCCAAGAAGAAGGCGGCAUAUGGUGUAGAGGUGUAUAGCGGGACGGACGGACGGACAAUCUCGAUCAAUGCACGCCACGAAGUGAUUGUGUCUGGCGGCGCAGUCGCAUCGCCACAGUUGCUGCUGUUGUCGGGCAUUGGGCCAAAGGAAGACCUGCGAUCCGUCGGUGUACCAGUCGUACAUGACUUACCAGGCGUCGGUCGGAACCUCCACAACCACGUGGCUUUCUUCGUCAAUUUCCGUAUCAACGACACGUCGACGACGCCACUGAACUGGGCCACCGCCAUGGAAUACUUGCUGUUCCGGGACGGACUUAUGUCCGGUACCGGCAUAUCCGAGGUGACGGCCGUGCUGCCGUCCAAGUACGUUAACCCCGCCGAUGACAAUCCCGACCUACAGUUCUUCUUCGGUGGUUACUUGGCCGACUGUGCCAAGACCGGUCAGGUAGGUGAGAAGUCGGGCAGUGGUGAAGGCGACGCUAGGCGCGUCGUCAACAUGAUACCAGCUGUGUUGCAUCCCAAGAGCCGCGGCCAACUCAAACUUAAGUCAUCUGACCCACUCGCUCACCCGGCAAUCUACGCCCGGUACUUAAGCCACCCCGAUGACGUGGCUGUUCUAGUGGACGGUAUCAAGAUCGCGAUCAGGAUGUCCGAGACUCCAGCUCUCCGCAAGUACGGCAUGGAAUUGGAUCGGACGCCAACGAUGGGCUGCGAAGACUUAGAGUUUGGAUGCGACGCAUACUGGGAGUGCGCGGUCCGUAGGAAUACUGGACCGGAAAAUCACCAAGCCGGAAGUUGCCGGAUGGGUCCGCCCAGCGAUCCGGGUGCUGUUGUUGACGCAGAGCUUCGCGUGCACGGUAUCGAUCGACUGCGAGUGGUCGAUGCCUCUGUGAUGCCAGCCGUUACGUCUGGAAACACCAACGCUCCGGUGGUGAUGAUUGCCGAGAAGGCAUCGGAUAUGAUCAAGGCCCGGUGGGUGGGCCGAAAGCCGUGGAGCAAGUGGUAAGGAGACCGAAUGGCGGCCGAGCGGCGACGUGCUAUUUCAAUAAACACUAUUGGUGCUAGAAUUGUUGGAAAAUUGCAAAAUAAUAUGAAACACUAUAGUUGAUAUUUAGCUUAUACAUGGACGCUUAAAACAAAUACACUGGCAAUUAUUUUCGUCUUUGCAUUAUAGAUUAAGAAAUAUUUAUUGUAAAACACCACCAAAAUAAGUAAAACACAAGAUUUUCAAUAUUAGUAUAAUAUAAUUUAACUGACUGUGGUUGAGGAGUCAAUAAAAAAUAGUCGUUAAUGACCAUUGAAUUAAUUAAUAAUCCCUGAAUAUCAAAAAUUAUGUGUUUUAUGUUAUAGCAUUCUAAACUCUAUAAAUAUUCAUAUUCGUAAUGACAACAAAUCGAAAUAUUAUUUAUAAAUUUCAUAUUAAACAUAAUUCUAUUCACAUUAAAUUAUUAUAUUUAAUUAGAUUUUGAAAUUAAAAAUAUAGGCAUAUACCUAAUAUAAUAUUAUAUAGUUUUGUGCAUAUUGAUAUUUUAAACACAUAUAAUUAUAUUACUAUUGUAAAACUAAUCCUAGCAAUCUUGUUCUCAGCAUUGCAUUCGUAAAAAAUAAUCAGAGUUCGCCCUAAUGUUUUGUCUCUGCACUAUUUCUCCACCAGAAAUCGAGCACUUAAUUUAUAAUAGACAAAAUCUUAUCACAUGCUGACACCUUUAUUACCUGUUAAAUACUGCACGGCACAACAUAUUAUAUUUUUACACGUCGUCCUUAUCACAAUUUUAUUGAUUUAGAUCACGAUCACGGCAACACGUCAAUACAUAUCAAAGUUCCAUAAAACAUCACCACUAGGUAUUUUUUAUUUCUUACUAUGUAUAUAUUCAAACGACACUUGUUCGCUUUAUUACGCCGACGACGGUGAUUAAAUCACUCUUCAAAGAAGCCACCGGCCAAUACUAAUAUCUGGUUUUGCUUUUUAUUUGGUGUUUGUGUAUUUUUUUUAUUUUGAGAAGACUAUUAUUAUUGUUUUUACAGAAAACAAUGCAAUUGUACGUCCACGUCCCGCGACCGGCCUUCAAGUCGUCGCCAUCAAAUAUAUAUACCUAAUUAGGUACCUACUAUAUUAUUAUGUAUAUGAGUUAGGGUUACGAGCUCGAUAUGUUUGUAUACGCACUAAAGAUAGUACGCAGUUAUUUGUUAAGUCCUAUUAUAAUAUGCAAAGCACGCUUUUAAUAAAUUUAUAUUAUUAUUAUUAUUAUUAUUAAUAUCAUUAAUAUCAUUAUUGUAUCAGAACGUGUUAUAAAUUAUAAUAUUACGUAAUUUAAGUACCUACUUUAGUUCUUAUUAAAAUAAUAUUAUAGUUGGUAGGUGAGUAACGUAAAAACUAUAAUAAUGUUAUUAAAAUAUAUUAAAUGCCAUAACGAGAAAUUAUAGGGCCAUUAUUAUAAUAUUUAAUAAUGUUAUUAAGAAGCGAAUUGGCUAACAAAUAUUGUAAUAUUUAUGCGUGUGUAUAUUGUAAAGUAUAUUUGAUACAUUAUUUUAUUAUUUUGUUAAUAAUAUCAAUACGCUCAUACAUAAAGCUGCGCGUUGUGUUUUAGUUUUUAGUUUGUCAUUGGAAGAUGUACAAUGAUCAGUAUUCAUUAUUUUCACAUAGAUACCUAAAUAAUUAUAAAUGUUAUACACGCAUGUAUAGGGAAUGUUUUAGCAAUCACUUUGUAUAAUAUGAUAAACUAUGACAAAAUAAUUGGUAUAUUCUACUUUACCGUAGUUAAGUGAUAUGCACAUUUUUUUUUAUCAUUAUUAAAACUUACAUUAACCAUAAGCAUUCAGGCCUAAGAAUAGUAAUUUAAAUAAUUUAUGCCACAUUAUACCUAUAUUAAAAAUAAUAUUAUUAUUCUAUCGUUAUAUUAUAUUGUAUCAGAAUAUGCAUUUUAUUUAUCGUGUCGAAUAAAUAUAAGAAUGUAUUUUAAUCUUAAUUUAAUUCAUUCAUUAAAAAAAAAAACAAAACAAAACAAAAUCAAAAAUAUACAUUUAAUUAGACGUAUAACAUAUUAUUAUAUAAUAAUAUUAGUCGUAAGUUUAAAUUAUGUAUAAUAUUUAUAGAUUACAUGCAAAUAAACUAUGCAAUUUCUAAUAUUGAUA